CAGGGGGCGCUGGUUGCCUCUGGGCCGUCUUUUGGUUUACUUUAGUAUCAGAUGACCCUCGCACCCAUCGUCGAAUCAGCAAAGAGGAGAAAGAUUACAUCAUAAACUCGAUUGGACCGCAGGGUACGGGUCACGGCUGGUCCGUGCCCGUUCUGCCGAUGCUGCUGUCGGUCCCUCUGUGGGCCAUCAUCAUCACCCAGAUGUGUGCAAACUGGUCCUACUACACGCUGCUCACCUCCCUGCCCACCUACAUGAACGUCGUCCUGCACUUUGACCUCAAAUCGAACGGUCUCCUCUCCGCUCUGCCGUACUUCGGAGGCUGGUUGGUCUCAACGCUGUCCGGCGUCGCAGCGGACAGUCUGCUCGAGAGGAAGGUGUUCAGCAUCGCUGUCGUACGCAAGCUCUUCACAGUCAUAG